AUGAGCAGUCCACCAACUCAUUCGCGUCGACGUCGGCAUGUUGCCAUGAGAGACCCUGGAGGAAACCAGGAUCUCCUCCCAGGGCAGCCCGUCGCAGUCCAAGCACCGGGUCUCGCCAUCACCAUUCUAGCUCACGGCGAAACCACAUCUCCUCGAGGGACGAACGCCGUCACUCUCGCGAUCGUAGCAAGGACCGUUCGCGACAUCACCGGAGUGAUUCUCGGCGCCGGGAAUCUGAGGUGGAGGAUCUUAUUCCCCGCUAUCGAGCGAAAAAGGCACGACAUCGAGACCUUGACAGCGAAAGUCGUCGAAGCCGCAGCCGUGAACGAAAUUUGCCCGCAUCUCCCUCUUCUUCUUCCAAAAGACACAGGGGACGGAGUCAUUCCGCUGAGUCGCCUCACAGAAAGCGAUCCAAGCGGGAUCACGAAUCGCCCCGACCUUCUCGAGAUCGGUCCCCAGAAACAGACGCAAGAAGGCAUAGGCGACGCUCGUCCCACGAGCGCCAUCGUCAUCACCAUCGGCACAGGUCAAGAUCUCCCCGGCGUCACUCUCGUUCUUACCGGUCUCCAUCCCCCUCACAAACCUCGCGUUCCAGACGCAAGAGAUCGUCAAGAUCCCGCUCGCGUUCCCCAGCUCCGAGAGGCUCCGGCCGGCCCAGGUCGAGAGACGCUAGACCCAAAGACCACCGCCCGAAAUCACGCAGUCCAUCAGCUUCCAGGAGCCGUCAACAAGAUUCUUCCCGCCGCCAUCGUACCUCAUCUCGCUCCGGCCAACCCCACGGAGGCACAUCUAGCGGUGCUACUGCGACUGGUGCGGACCGUCGAUCUGAGAGGGAAGCGCCGCCAAGGUCCCCAAGAAGACGAUAUGGCCUCGCGGAGUAGUUAUCGAGGAGGAUACAGUGCCAUCCAUAACCACAAGCCACAUUAUGGAACAGAUUCGAGGGGCUACUCCCAGUCUCCUCAGCGUGUUGGCUCCUUUCAUAAUUCGCAGUCCACGUCACCAUAUGGAGCAGGUCGCUCAGGGUGGAAUGGACAAUAUACCCCGGAACACAAACACCACGCACCUCAAUACCACCAUGGCCCAGGCCAUUACGCCCCUCCUAGUGGUCCGUCAGACCGCUAUCACCCCCACCCUCCGCGUUCUCCUCCAUACGGGGCUCCCUCUGGCCCGAUGAACUCUUAUGCUUCUGGUAACCACCGCGGCGGACCCGGGCCUCAAGGAAGCAGUCAGCGAGGGGGUUCCUUUCAAGGCCGGCCAGGCUUCCGCGGGCCUAAUACCAAAGCUUGGGGUCCUGGAGAUCCAGACUCCUCGUCAAGGUCUCACCUCCAGUCAACAGAGGAAUCUGCAACCAGGCUCCAAAGUCCGGGUGCGGGCUCCAAAGCGGAUGAUGGACCCAAACCUGCGGAGCCGGAGAUUGAUAGGGAGGACAGGCCGUCGAGACCCAGCGCAGAAGAUGAUGCCGGAGCUAGGGGAAAACCGGCCGACCCGACAGCAGCAGCUCCAUCCCGACCAACGCCCACGGGUCCAGCAGCCGCUCAAUCUGGUGCCUCGGGCAAGUUCAGUUUUGCAUUCAAAGCAUCAACCAAGCCAACACCGACAGCGCCAAAACCCGAGAUCUCGCAGAAGUUCAAUGCCCCCCCGAAGAAAGAUGUCGCUACGAAGGAUAAUUCAACGGACCGAGAACCUCCUCGUUCUGCGCCAACAGAGCCUGCUUCUGCGAGGCAGAGGAUGGAAUUUAGAAAUCCGCCUCCAGAUGGCCCUAAGAUGGCGCCCAGAAUGCGAAAGGUCAAGAAAGUCAUGCGACGACCAAAGCCUCGGCCCACCUUGGAACCAGAUUUGGUUGAGUCGGAGUCUGUGUUUUACAGGAAGCCCGGCAACGAAUCUGUAGUGGGAUCCGGCACAUACGGCAAAGUAUUCAAGGGCCUCAAUGUGUUUACAAAAGGCUUGGUUGCCCUGAAGCGCAUUCGUAUGGAGGGCGAACGAGACGGGUUCCCCGUUACGGCGGUGAGAGAGAUUAAGCUGCUGCAAUCACUGCGGCAUACAAACAUUGUCAAUUUGCAGGAGGUCAUGGUGGAAAAAAAUGACUGCUUCAUGGUAUUCGAAUAUCUGUCACACGACUUGACGGGUCUUUUGAACCACCCCACCUUCAAGCUGGAGCCUGCACAAAAGAAGGACUUGGCAAAACAACUGUUCGAGGGGCUUGAUUAUCUUCACACCCGAGGCGUGCUACAUCGAGAUAUCAAAGCCGCAAAUAUUCUCGUCAGCAACACCGGAGUUCUCAAGCUGGCGGACUUUGGACUGGCUCGCUUUUAUGCCAAGCGACACCAACUGGAUUAUACCAACCGCGUUAUAACCAUUUGGUACCGAUCUCCGGAGUUGUUAUUCGGAGAAACACAAUAUACUGCCGCCGUGGACGUUUGGAGCGCAGCUUGUGUGAUGGUGGAGAUAUUCAACCGCACGGCCAUCUUUCCAGGCGACGGGACCGAGUUGAGUCAACUGGAUAAGAUAUACAGUGUUCUGGGAACGCCAAACCGCCAGGACUGGCCCGGGUUGGUCGACAUGGCUUGGUUUGAACUCCUCCGACCGACAGUGAAGCGGAAAAGCGUGUUUUUUGAAAAGUACAUUUCGAAACUAACACCAGCAGCUUUCGAGCUGCUGUCAUCCAUGUUUCAGUACGAUCCUGCGAAGCGACCAAGUGCAGCAGAAGCGCUGCAACAUGCAUAUUUCACCACGGAAGAACCCCUACCGAGACAGGCAGUAGAACUGGCCGAAAUCGACGGUGACUGGCAUGAAUUCGAGUCAAAGGCACUUCGUAAAGAGAAUGAGCGCCGGGAGAGGGAAGCACGAAAAGUGGCGACAAAAGAGGCACCCCGUGAAAGGCAGAAGAAGCGGGCGCCAGAAGAGGGCAGUGAUCGAGAACGAGAGGCGAAGCGACUGCAUGUUGGAUCAACAGAGACAUGA